UUUUAAAAUUCUAGAUUAAAGUAAAAAAUAUUGAAGAAGAAGAAACAUCAGAUCAAGAAGAGGAGCCACUCGAUAAAAUAGAAAUAUAUUCAGAAAUGUUAAAAUUGAUGAAACCGGGAGAAACAGUAAGGAAAGCCAUUUGCAGAUUGGGUGGUGGUAAAUCGUCAUAUACGACGGCAUCGAAUAAAUGGAGAAGAAAAAAACACGAAGACAAAUCGGAUGAUGAUGAUAAAGAAAGCCAAAACAAAGAAGAACUUUUGCAACUUACGAGUCUUGCAAAUAAAAUCCUUUUAACCGGAGAAAUGGACAUAUAUGAACAGUUAUACGAAAGAUUAAAUUUUCUUAUUAAAGAAAGUAAAAAUGAAAUGAGGACUGAAACGUCGUAUGAAACAAAUAACAGUGAAACGCUUGAUAUGUUUUCUGAGAGUGUCGACGAUAAAAUGUUCUCAGUUGCCGAUAAUGUAAAACAAGAUAAACCGUCAAAUGAAAAUGAUGCCAACAAUACUCUGUUGAGUAAAGGUAAGAAGUUUUAUAUUAUGAAUUUUUGA